AUGUACCAACUCUUUACCUGUUUGUUAGUACUAGUAAAAUACUGCACUAUACCUAUCCUAAGAUUAGAUAUAUACAGAAGGUUACAAGAGUUGAAUGUACAAUAUUUGGGAAUCAUUUUUGUGUUUGAGAUGGCUGAUGAUGAGGUUAUUCUGUUGGAUUUCUGGGCAAGUAUGUUUGGUAUGAGAGUGAGAGUUGCACUAGCUGAAAAGGGUGUAGUGUAUGAAUACAAAGAACAAGAUUUGAGGAAGGAUCACAAGAGCCAGCUGCUUCUCGAGAUGAACCCGGUUCACCACAAAAUCCCGGUUCUUAUCCACAAUGGUAGACCAGUAUGUGAGUCUUCUAAUAUUGUGCAGUACAUUGAUGAAGUCUGGAAUGAUAAAGCUCCUCUGCUCCCUUCUGAUCUUUAUCAGAGAGCUCAAGCUAGGUUCUGGGUUGACUAUAUCGACAAGAAGCUAUAUGAAGUUGGGAGGAAAUCUUGGGCAGCAGAUGGCGAAGAAAAGGAGGCUGGUAAGAAGGAACUGAUCGAGAAUUUGAAGGUGUUGGAAGGUGAACUUGGGGACAAAUGUUUCUAUGGUGGUGAUACUUUUGGUUAUGUAGAUAUAGCCCUUGUCACCUUCUAUAGCUGGUUUCAUACUUACGAAACAUUUGGCAACUUCAGUUUUGAGAAAGAGUGUCCAAACCUGAUGGCUUGGAUUAGGAGGUGCUUGAAAAAAGAAAGUGUUUCCAAGUCCCUUCCUGACUCUCAAAAGAUAUUGGAUUUUGCUGUGUUCAUGAAAGAGACCUACUUUACAAAAUCUGGCUAGUCCUUGUUUCGUCGAGUCCAUGGUUGUUUCUUCAUUGCUCUUGGGAGAUACUUUCUGUUAAAUGUCCUGUUUCUUUUAUGUACCAGAAGUGUCGUGAUAUUCUAGUACCAAUAAUCAUUUUCAAUGCCUUCAGCAAAA